GGAUUUUGUAUGAAGACAAAAGACAGUCAGAAUAAAAAAGUCUUCAUCAAUGUCUGCAAGUGUAACAACAUUCCCAGGCCAAAAGAUAUAACGGAUGAAGAGAUUGUGACGUUGCUGGCCUCCGAUGAUCCAACCACAUUCAGGGUUCCUCUAAGUCUUGGAGAGCCUCACCUUGAAACUGAUAACUGUGGGUCUACUUGUACAGCCUAUGACGUCAUGAUUAACAGUUCAUUUUUUGCCAACAUCCAAAGUAGAGAAUGUCUUAAAUCGUUUUUCUUCAACAUUGUCGUUUCUGGCCUUGAGGACAAAUUCAAUAUAGAGCUAGAUAAAGAUAUUAUAAUUCUGAAGAAUAAAAAAUUCAUGGGUACUCUUUCUCCACAAAAUGUCAGAACUCAGAGCAAACCUUGGAUCAUGGAGAUGGAUGAAACCAAUAAUAAGGACGAGUCUGUCCGCCCUUUAUUAUUAUUAUUAGUUAUUACUCCAAAAUAUACCAUAAUACAAGAGCCCAGCGAAGGCCUACCAGAAUACCUGGUUGGAGAGUUUCGACUCCCAGAUAUUAAAAUGGCAUCGUCACUUUCGUUAGAUAUUGGUGAGGAUAGAUUGGUGCUAGGCACUCGAUCUGGCUUAUACCACUUGGAUAUCUACCUUCCAUAUAACCUUGACCAGUCUUCUUGUACAGCACAGUUCAACAGAAAAACUAAUGUUGGAUUUGUUUUUAAUAAAAUUUUCAUUCCCCGAUCUUACACAAUACACAAUUGA